AUGUUGUGGAAUGUGAUUAGCCCCUCAUGGAAUUGGCAAGUGCAGAACUAUAAUGACCAACCACAGUCUGAUUUCUCGGAUGUCCCGGAGUGCACGAUGACUGAAGUCACAUUAAACCAGGAAGAUCACUCAUACAUGUUUGAUGACAUAGCCACCCCAGUGAAGGCCUGUAGCGAGUUAGCUUAUCAUGUCACAUCAGCAGACACGAACAAGAAACUAGAAGUGCAGAGUCAGACACGCACUGCACUAAAGAGGCGCCGGAUGUUACAAUUCGAAGACCAGCCUGCGGAAACAUCCCUUUUCAGCAGUGAGAAUUUCUCUGCAAUCUUAAAAUCAAGCGCUAGAGAGGAAACAUUUGAUGAGCUUUUACCCGAAGGAACUCAGCUUAUAGAUGGGUUUUCAGAAGAUGCAUCCGCCUCUAGCUUCGAGGGCCUUGAUCUCUAUGCUGAAGAGUGGUAUGUUGACUGCUUGAAUGAUGCUGAGAAUCCAGUUCUACCUGAUGACUUAAGCUUCGGUUCACCUGAUGUCCAAGUAGAUAUUUCAGAGUAUUUAAAUGUGCCACCAGAAACAGAAACCAGGGAAGUUCAGCGGCGUGUGACUCGUUCUUCUCCAAAUGUUAUCUUCAAAGGUAGGAAAUCUUUUACAAGGCCGGUUUCAAAGCUACCAUCUUCGAUCAUCUAUCCGUUUGCGUUCAUCAAGCCAUGUGGAGUUCACGGAGACAUGACUCUCAAGGACAUAAACCAGAAAAUCCGAAAUCCACCAGCAAAACCAAAGGAAGACAAAGAAGAGCCUGCAGUGAUCCAAACUUCAGCAUUCUCUGGGAAACCCGUUGUAGGCAAGACUAAAAUCCGCACAGAAGGAGGAAAAGGAAGCAUCACGAUAAUGAGGACCAAAGGCUAG